AUGUCAGAGUCCAGUCUUGCUCACCCUGCCCCAGCAAAGCGACCGAGGCCGGUAAUCUCGUGCUUGGAGUGUAGACGCAAAAAACUGCGUUGUUCGCGCUCGCAUCCCUGUCAGCAAUGUGUCAAGAUCGGACGCCCAGGCAGAUGCGAAUACCAGGCCGGCCAGGAACCCGAGCCAAACACCGACUACUCAGCAACUCGGAGUGUACCGAACAAGCGGCAGCGUCUGGUUCCGCCUGCUACCAUCGAUGGACCUGAAAGUGACCUGGCACGAAACGGUUCUUUCGGCCAAACGACCCCUCCAGCGAGGCAGGGUGUCAUUGAGGAUCUUCAGGAGAGGGUGUCUAGGCUAGAGCAGGCUUUUCUGGCUCAAAACACCGCACGGAACGGCGAGCCACAUGCUUGUCAUAGUCCAUCGGCUCGUCCUGGUUCAGAUGACGUUGUUCAUCCUAUACAAUCGUUGAACAGGCCCACUCAAAUGAGCUCGCAGUUCAGCGAUGCUUGUACGUUCAUGCUCAAGCUGCAAAAUGAUUCGACUACUCCUGAAGUGAUUGCGUUGCGAAGAAGUUUGAAAGACUUACACUACUCUGUCGAGAAAAAUCACCGCGCACAACGAGGCCAGCCGCCCUCAGUCUCCUCAUUCAGUCAAUGCCCUCUACAGCUGCCGUCAUUCGAGGUGUGCGAAAAACUAGCGAUCCUCUAUUUCGACAACAUGGAACACUGUUUUCGAAUCUUGCAUUGGCCCGAAUUCAGAGACCAACUGAGAAAACUCUUUGCAGAGGGCGAUCACGCUUGCAGGUUUGGCUUUAUCCAGCAGCUGGUCGGGGUCCUGGCAGUCGCCGUUACCCUUGGCACUCAUAGAGAAUGCGAAGUAGCCCGAGCGUGUUUGAUCAUCAAGCCUGAUGAUGCACUACAAUUCAUGAAGAACUUUGUUCGAGACCUGGGGAACAACGAGAGAUAUCGCUUACCCUCUUUGCAGAUCAAAAUGCUUCUUCUCAUCUGCAGCUGGCUAAACUUGGAUCCGAUGGAUGAUCUGUUCCGAAUGAAUGGCGAGCUUUUGAGAGAUGCCUUGGUCAUGAAGAUGGACCAAGACCCUACGACCAUACCGGGCAUCAGCGUGUUUGAAGGCGAGCUACGGAGGCGGAACUGGAUGACCAUUAUUGAAUGCGACCUGAUGCUGUCGAUUCUAUGCAAGAUGCCAUGCCUCGUCCCUUCGUACACUUCAAAGCCCCCACGAAAUGUUAACGAUGAAGAAAUUUUCGAGGGCAUGGAGACAUUGCCCCAAUCGCGACCUACCAAGGACUGGACUGAUGGCUUAUGUCAAUAUCUCCUCGCUCAAUCAUUUCCUCGCCGAGUCGCAGCUUGCAAGCAAAUAGACGAUGCAUCCCAUGUCAAAUUUGAAGACGUCCUUCAGCACACGCGGUACCUGGAAAAAGUGCUCCAAGAGCUCCCUCCGCCUUUACGCUUCAAUUACACAGGUGACGCUGCAAGCAAGACUCCCCCUCGAUUGAUGGCCCGGAUGGAGCUGGACAUCAGCAUCAGGCGACCCUUGAUGCACCUAUACUCGUGUUGCAUUCUUUCACCGGGCACCAAUGAGCGAGAGCGAGAAGCGAGGGCUGGAUACCUUCAAAGUUGUCUCAUGCUCGCGAACUAUCAAGACCUCUUCGACCCGCAAUACUCUGAGCUUAACGUUCCUCAACCGCAAGGAUACUGGGAUUUCUUCUACACAUGCUACAGACAGGAACUGGGCCAGGCUAUCUUGGGACUCUGUCUCGAGAUCAAGAAGCUCAGCCCCACCGCGCAGGCCAGUGGUGCGGCGGCGUGUACCCAUCCAACGCCGUCCCCGAGUAGCCCGACCGAUGGGAUCGUCAAAGCACCCUCGUAUACCCAAACCAGUCUAAUAUGGGCAGCCAAAGACACACUAGCGCCAAUGACCCGUCGCCUACCGUAUCGGGGUUCAAAAGUCAAAGACAUUGUCUACUACAGCAUCAUCCUAACGUCUCUGCUACCACCACAACACCCCGAACAGAGCAAGGAAACCAUGAUCCUGGAGAGACUCCAAGAUCUAGCUCGCGAGUGUCGAGCCGAGCUGGAACGCGCGAAUGUUCAGAUUGUUGAGGCUCCCGCAGACGAGCCGUGUUCAGAGCCUGUCAAUGGGGCAGCUGACUAUUACGAUUCCACGUCCCACUGCCUUGGGACCAGCUUCGAUCCGGUGUGGGAGAGUUUUCCAAAGAUCGACAUUUUCGAACGCUCCGGUUUGGACGAGUCGUCGGCCAGUGCUGGCACUAGUGGUACUUGA